CUAUGUGGCAGAGCGUGUGUGCGCGUGCAUGUGAGAGGCAGGGUUGGGGCAGAGUUUCGGAGCACGUUCUGUUGACAGGCGUCGCCGUUGCUACUCGAUUCCGAUAACAACACAAGCGAAGACACGGAGCUGUCGCGAGAUACGCGCCUUUAACUGGAUUAAGCCGAGAAAAGCCGUUUUGGACGGACCGAGCUCAAGGCGGAUGAGCGCAGCCCGCGGGAGGGCAAGUGUGUUUCUGCGGCGGGGUCCAGUUAGCGAAAGAUGAACAAAAACCACCGAGUGCCGAGCAACCGAACUCUGAACGCCGUGGAGGUGAAGAGCAAGUUUGGAGCAGAAUUCAGGCGGUUCUCUUUGGAUCGGUCCAAGCCGGGACGCUUUGAUGAGUUCUAUGGCUUGCUGCAGCAUGUGCACCGGAUCCCCAAUGUCGAUCUGCUUGUGGGUUACGCCGAUGUCCACGGGGACCUACUGCCGAUCAACAACGAUGACAACUACCAUAAAGCGAUCUCAAUGGCAGCGCCAUUGCUCCGUCUCUUCUUGCAGCGGAAAGAGGAGGCAGAUUACUCAGCAUUCGGCACAGACACUGUGACCCGUAAGAAGACACCGGCAGCGCUCGCAGCAGUCCUCCUUCGCCCGGACACUAACAAGAAGAAGCCUCCAAUCAUCAUCAGUCUGCCCAAAGAUUUCCGGCCGGUGUCCUCCAUCAUCGACGUGGACAUCCUCCCAGAGACGCACCGCCGCGUCCGUCUCUACAAACACGGUCAGGAGAAACCACUGGGCUUCUACAUUCGUGACGGUUCCAGUGUGCGCGUUACACCCCAGGGCCUGGAAAAGGUCCCAGGCAUCUUCAUCUCCCGCAUGGUCCCCGGAGGCCUGGCCGAGAGCACGGGACUGCUUGCCGUCAACGACGAGGUACUCGAAGUCAAUGGCAUUGAGGUGAGCGGAAAGUCUUUGGACCAAGUAACGGACAUGAUGAUCGCUAACAGCCACAACCUCAUUAUAACCGUCAAACCGGCCAAUCAGCGCAAUAACGUGGUACGCAGCAGCGGAGGCGGAGCCACAUCCGGCAGCUCAGGGCGAUCAUCUGACAGCAGCACCAGUUUCUACGGUUACUCGACACCGGGUUCAAUGGCGAUGACCCCGUCCCAUAUUAUCCAGAACUAUGAACCGGAUGAGGAGAGUGAGGAAGAGGAGGAUAUGGUAAUCGAGGCGGACGGAGGGUCGAAACUUAUUCCACAGGCAGUGGCGCGGGCGACAGCCAGCACUAGCAUGCCCGCCCUGCCCAGAUACGAACCCCACCUCGACCUCCGCCCCUCGAACGGUACCAGCGCAAGCGUGGGGUCUCUAAAUGCCCGCGACAAGGGUUUAGAAGGGCGAAAUCUAGAGGAAGAGGGCACAGUCAUUACACUGUAAAGACACACAUGCAGCAUAUAAUCACACACACACAUGCCAAUACACACUCUCGUGUGCCAUAGGUUUGAAAAUGCAUGGUCCAUGACCAAAAGAGAAGGCCAGUCACCACAGCACCUUACAGCACUUCUCUGUAACCACACGGCCAGGUAGUUCCCAUCAUCAAACCCAUGGAGAGCAGCCCAGCACCAAAAAUAGCUGCUUCUUUAGUAAUAAUGAACUUCCUGAGUCAGUGCGAUUGAAUGAAUGCAGGCGGUCGUCAGAUACUCGGCACAACGUGAGUCAUGACAAUCUUUUUUUACUUUGACAACCACUCCCUUCCGAGCCACGAGGCUCUAGCAUUAUCAGAGAACAAAGUACAAUGGAUUUUACCCAUCCUCUGCGUUACCAUGGUAACUGAAUCUGAGCUACAGAACUUCAGAAGGAACUGAAAUAUGCUCUUCAUCCAUUCCCGUCUACAACACUAACACUCGCAGCUCACCGAUUCUUUGUGGACUUCAAGGGAAUCGUAAACCUUUGUUGGGCUCGAGAGAUAUUUUCAUGCGAGCUGACAUUUUAGUACGGUUGAAGACUGCUGCCUCGGUUAAGAUACAGAUGUCUAUUAUUAUGUUGAAAGUUUUUAAUCAUAGCCAAAAAGACAGAUGAUUUAUGUCAUAUUUUUCAUACUGUGUUUUAUUUCUUUAUGACAAGGGCUAUCAUCCUGCUCUUUGUUCCCUGUGGUUAAUUUUACCCCUUGAUCUUUACUUGAUAACCCUGUCUGGGGAUUUGAAAUAUAUAAUCAUUUCUUAUAAUGUUUCAAAGGACACUCUGAGGUGACACUGGGUAGUUUCACUUAUGAUGAGUGGCUCUACGUGACACUUUUCAAUAAGGUCCAGCUUGUUAAGAUUAGUUAAUGGGACAGAUUAGCCAAAAAUGAAAAUUCUGUCAUCAUUUACUCAAAUCUCAUGUUAUUUCAAACCUGUGUGACUUAUUUUUUUCUGUGUGGCAUAAAAGCAGAUAUUUCCAUGGAAAGUCAAUGGGGUCCAGUGUUUUAGACCCCAGCAGGGUAGGAAAUUCAUUUUUCCACUAAAGGGCAAAAUUUGCCUCCUGGAACUGAUUUCCAGGGACAUUUUUUUUUACAUUCGCGAAGGCCAUUUUUAUUGUUUUUAAACUGUUUUUAAUAACAAUAGACUGUUUAAAAUUGUAUCUAAAUUAUACGUGUAAAAACCAGGAGCUCGUUUAGCUGCAAUAUUAUGACAGAAGUCAUUAUUUUAGAUUAAUGCUCUUUAUAUUUUAAUAAUGAUUAUUAAUAUCCAUGUAGAAAACAAAAUAAAACGUUUUUGUUACGUUUUGAGCACGUCACAUUCUGGCUUCACAGACAGGCAUGUCUAUCCAUGAAGCUGGUCUAGUCUAGCACAAGUUAUGCAAAAGCUCCCGUUAUGAUCAAUGAAACUGCGAAAGUAAUAUUUUAUUUACAUCGUAUCUGCACUGUGUUGCUUAUGAUGACGGGAAUUCACGAGCAAACGGAAGCUACACAGCUCCGCUGUUUUCAGCGCUCACUAAUUUAAGCGCCUCUGCAUUCCUAAAUUCAGCAGAAACGCGUUUGAUUGGUUAGUGUGGUCAGUGUGAGGUAAUCAUUCAUUUUCACAUUUCAUUUUAAACGUAAUACAGCCGUAAUACAUUGUUUAAUUGUGCAGGGGCACAAUUGCCUUUUUGUCUUUAAUUUAUGGGGCAUUUUAGCUCAUUUUCGUUAAUUUCCCUCGUUAAUUUCCAACUCUGGCCCCCUAUAACGAAAUGUAUUCAAAGAUAUCCAAUGAGUCGUGUAGGUUUGGAACAACAUGGUGGUAAGUAAAUGAUGACAGAAUUAAAUUUCUUAGAGUCAACUAUACAUUUAAUGCAUUAGGUAUCAUAACUAACAAUUCAUAAUAUUUUUACAUUAUCUAUGUUAAAAUUAAUUUCUGCUUAUACUAGUAUUUACUUGUACAUUAGAUAAUGUUACUUGAAUACUGAGCAAUAGUAUAUGUAGUAAUUAACUUUAACCUUUAUUAAUAAAAGCUGUAUUCAUUUUGUUUCAUAACUUAAUAACGCAUUAUUUAAUGUUAACAAAUUGAACCUUAUUUUAAAGUGUUACCUCUAACAAUAAGUGUUGCAAUCGAAUUAUGGAGAAAACAUUCUUUGAUUUGUAGUGAAUCACUAUAAAUAUUUAAUAUCUACCAAAAUAUUCAGUAUAUCUUUCCCUUUUUGUGCGUGAUAGCAGAGUACCAGCCAAACCCUUCAGAAAUUAUGUAACAGUUGGUUUAGUUUCCGCAUUACUAUGGUACAGGCAUGAUUUAUGGUUUUAAUUCAACUGGCUGAAAUCUGUUGUUUCGUCUUGGCAAAAAAAUGCACAAUUAAUCAUAUUGUCAUCUGACUUCCAUAGCUUCACAAAGCCUUCACUCUCUGUGUACGGUAAAGUGAGGCUUUCCUACUUGAGUGAUAAUUAUGAUUUCUCUUAUAUGAAUGACUGGACAAAUGAACAAAUGUUAAGCUCUUACUUUAAAAGCAUUCCUUUUUAAGUUCAUAUGACUGUAGGUACAUUUCUCCCCUUUUCGUCCUUGUAUACAUAUCAUAAUGAUAUGCAUGAUGUCACAGCUGUAAGCUUCAAUACGAACUUCUGAGAUCUCAGAGUGUGUGUCGGUGGAUACACUGGAAGAGACUGACGGGAGACAGAUGUGCCUACGCUCUUACAGUUAGGACCUGCUGUUGGAGAAUUUAGCCGAAGUAGCCUUUCAUUAUCUCCCCUUUUUCUCGCAUUAUAAUGAGAAUCCUAAACACUGGGCAUCUGCGAGCGAAGCAGGUGUCCCGUCGCACAGAGCUUUUCGUGGCACUUACAUUACCAAAACCUGCUUGGAGUAGCACACGCACUGUAGCUGUGAUUUAUACACACUUCAUCCAGAUCAUUCAUUCUUACGGUACAAAUGACAUAUUGAAUGGAGUCUUUAGCUGUGUUAAUUUAUUUUUAUAUUAACCACUACAUACGAUUUGGGAUUGUAACCACAGAAGUUUUAUUUAUUUUAAAAUAGUCUGUGUAUUUUUACUUGCUUUGUUUUAGCUGACAUACAAACCUCAUUUUGAUUCUUUUUCAUCUCUACAAAAUGGUGUUUGAAUUUUUUCCACUAGCAUCUUUGGUGGAACCUAAUGCUCAGACCUUUAGGGGGCGAAUAGAAAUAUGAAGAAUAACUUGCUAUUUUCCAAACUGUGAAUAUCUUUGCAUUUCUAAAAUGAGACCAUGCAUCUAUGAGCACCUGCUUUUGAGAGUCAUAGAAAUGGGCUUUUAAGCAUUAUCAUUCAUGUGUCAAUUUCUCUUUUUGAUAAUGAGCUUGCCAGAUAAAUCUUAAGGUAUAGAUUUGUACUGAGAUUGUCAGUAUUUUCUUAUUAGUACUAUAUGAUGUAAAUUUGAAACUUUUAAAAGGAUAAAUACUAUAUUAAGACAUAGCUGCACAUGUAUUAUAGUCAAAUCUUGGAUGAAAUAAACUAAUAUGUAGAAAAUCA